AUGCGGCACACCACGGUGCACACCAAGGAAAAAAAGUUCAAGUGCUCGUUCCCACAAUGCAACGUCGCGACAGCUCGAUCCGAUAAUCUCCGCGUCCAUUAUCGAAUACAUACGUCUACAGAUGCACCCCCGCCCACCUCCGCAUAUUCGAGUUCCGCCGCGGCCUUUCCUGAUCCCAGCCCGAGUCCUGGACCGAACACCGAUCCUACUACACCAUCGAGGGACAAAUUGGCCUACCGACUUGCUUUCCAGCGCGCGUGGAGACACUGCCAACCCCGAUAUGUCUUUGUCCCGGAAGUCCCUCCCGCCCUGAACGAUUCGAGAUACGACGAGUCGGAUUGGCUGGAUCUGCGGUGUCUUCCGGACGACUCGUACCCGCGCCCAAAAUUGCAGGACUGCACUGUCCGUCCGGGGUCGGUUGAGGAGAUGCCCAGAGAGACCGCAUGCGUUUACUACGAAAACGCUGGGAAUCACAGGAUGGAACUCGAGCCUGGCAAGGUCUCCGUAGGGGGAUCCAACUACAUCGUGCCGCAUCCCGAACUCGACUUAUCUCCUCUCUCCGACAAAUUUCGCCAAGUCCAGGCCAGUCUUGCUGGGGAUACCCAAUCUACGGAGCUUCCCGAAGACCCGCUGUACUUUUUCCAACCCCCAUCUGAUUCGGCAUCUAUCUAUGCUCCUGCUGAAAUCGAUCCAUGCAAUGCUGCCCAGGCAUAUGCUUAUUAUGAUUUCUCAAGUCUGGACGGGGAGCGGAAGCUCAAAGUGGUGCAAGCAGUAGAGACUUGGAUCGAGAAGGACCGAAGCGGGGACGCGGAUGCCGCACAGGCCAUCUUGCACGAGUUCUACCUCGAGGGAUACAAAUGCUCACUUCCGACACAUCGAAGACAUCCAGUGCCCAGUCGCCCGAAGAAGCUACGCAUCUCUACCACGACGACAGGUCUCGAAGACGAUGUCCCAUUGAGCGACAUGUCAUCCAUCGACGAGGAGAACGAUAUUUACCAGUAUCUCGAUCUGAAUACCCCAGUCAACUGUGCAGAAGAUGGAGACCCCGCUGUGCAGCUUCGCAUGGCCAUCGAGGCACCAACGUUGCCCUCUACUUUUGUCUUCCCGUCAGCGUCGAAUUCAACGCUCUCUAUUCAUUCGGACGCGAAUCCAGGUCCUGUGGGGUGCGCCCCAGUCGAAGAUUCAUACACAGAGAUGUCGGAGCCCUUACCGAAUCCGGCCCUGAUUUCCUUUGAGGACGCGCCCCCUCCAAUCUUACCUGAGAGCGUGGAAACUAUCUCCACCCCAGCAAAGAAAAGGAAACACUCCCACGCGAAUCUGGGUGCUGUGCCGUUGACAAGGAGUCGGACUUCGGCUGCGGACGGGACCGCUGUUAUGGACGAUUCGGGGAAGAAAGUGAAGCAAGAGCCGAAGGGAGAAUCGGACGAAUGGAAGGCAAUACGUCAAGCCAAGGUCGUAGAAUUUGUCGCAGACCAUAGCCGAGACCAUCUCGCUCAACUCAGAAAAAGCAAGAAACGUGCGGCCAACGACCGACUGGCGGGCGAGUCACCGACUAAACGAGCACGACCGCCAGUCUUGAAAGCCCCGCCGGUCUACGAAGCUCAAGUUACAGCAGCCCAGAGAAAACGCAAGUCCGCGACAGUCCGGACCAACACUCCGCCCAUGACUACGGUGAAGAUAGAGGAGACACGCAUCAACACACAUGGCGUUCGGAUCGUACGGGGACCUCCGUUGGCAUCGAGCAAACGACCGCCCUCGGAUACAAGAGCGAAGCCGUCAAAAGCAGCGAAGAAGCCGAACAAUGGUUUCAAUAGCAAUCAGACCGCCAGGAGCCAACAUCUGAAAGAGCCACUGCCCAAAAACCCGGGCCAGGUCAAAACGAGACCAGUCGGCAUCCAGCCCACCCCCACAAUGAUCGACACGCGUUCGGUGAAGAUCGUCCGCUUGCCGCAGUACACAAAAUUGGCACGGAUACCAAAACAUUCUAAAUCGGCUACUAAGGAUGUGGUGCAUCCUGUGCCCUGCGAGCAGAGUAAUGCAAUCUCACCGCCUCAGACGACGCCCGGUCCAUUUAGAAUAUCCACCCCUGUCAUCCAGACAAACCCGAUUCCAAUGCCAGAAGUUUCAGGAAAGGACAAAUCUGACCGACCUCGGCCCGUAUCCCAGUAUCCAUCGGAAGUACUGUCUCGGAUCGAUCCACCACUGAAGCCAAAACAGCCCUUGAAUGACUUCCCACCAAUGUGGUCGGCCUCGCGGCAAGAGAUGUGCGAGUCGUCGCGGUGGUUCCGGUCGUACCAGGGCGGAGUCUAUCACAAGGACGGUGUCGUGAAGGGCUAUUUUCUCAGUGCGUUCAGCGCCAGACGGGACACAUUCGAGCGCUCCGGCAAGCUCAUCAUCUCGCACGGCGGCGGCAAGUGCGAUACCGAUCAGACACGCACGGACGCAUCUGUGCGUGCGCUCAUCGGCGCCUACGAGCAGCAGAACCCGCUUGUGCUGUUCGUCGACGACAAGUACGCGCACUUUCCGCUCGAUCUCGCCGGGCGCGAUGUGUACAUGGCCGCGCUGGGGUUCUACCGCGUAGUGCACUAUUGGGUCGAGCAGCAGGACAGCGCGACGCGUGCCGUGGUGCGGUACAAGUUUGCGUUCGAGUGGUGUGAGGGGCAGGGCGAGCCGUGGUGGUUGUCACAUGCGAUGCUCCCCGUUGUAGCUGAACAAGUUGCGUCGAAACCAGAUCAGGCGCCAUGUCCCACUGAAAGACCCCAAGCGUGGGCUAAGUUUGCAGACCAGGCGACCAUCCAUCUUUCAGAACCUAAUCAUCAGCUGGCGUUCGACGGGAAGGCUUACAAGUUCAGAUCGUUCGGGAUGGCCGAACAAGCCGCAAUGCCACAGAGGCUGGUCACGCAGUCUGAGGUGCACUCCAGCUCAAUUCGGGCCGUUCCAUCACUCUCAAGCGUUCCCUCCGGGCCGUCUUUCGGUCCAGAUCCCUAUAACAUGAUGGUCCGACUACACGAGAUGUCUGACUUCUGGCAUGUUUUUAUCAGUAUAGUUGUUCUGAGACACGCUGAGAUAUAUCGCAGUCCCAUUCAAUAUUCCCGUAACGCAUCUGGUUUAUCGAUCGGUGAUCCUUCUCAUACCGGCCAAUUCGAAAUGAUGGAACGAGACGAGACGCCUGUCUCACGGCGAGUUAUACGACCCGCUCCUGCGGGCGAGUCCAAGACACAGAACAUGUCAUCGCCCCCCACUUCGAGUGCAAGCGUCGACUGCGUGGAUCCGUUCGGUGUGGUAUACGAUGGUGUUCUGUCUGACAUGAGACCGAUUCAACCUCCUCGUCUCUAUGCAGGCUGCUCCUCGUUCUGGACCCUGCAACCCGGCGAGCAGAUCGAGUACAGGAGGGAGUUUCUGGAGACUGUGAUGAACUCGACGCCCAUUCCAAAGGAAAUGGUCACUGCACUCUUACCUCGCCAGCCGAGCGGAGGGACGAGCGGCACAUCGUACAAGGACAGCCGCGGGUGGCAUUGCUUUAGUUGUGGGCGGGUCUCGUGCCGAUCCGCAUGGGACGUGUAUCAGUGCCCGACACCGACAUGCAACUUCUCUCAGCGCAUCGUCACUGCGAUCCGCCCUGCUUCCUCGUUUGCGGGAAUGUCGACAGCGCUGCUUGGCGGCUCGCGAGAGUGGGUGGCCAGUCCUGACUCGGGCAUCAGCGUACUCGAAAAGAUGCCGUUUCACCACGACUGUCGGACUGCCGGCACGGGGUUCGUCCAGACGUUUGUCCUCCCGUACGACAAGGGCCGGAUCCACGUCAUCCGCGGGUCGGCGGAGGCGACGGCUGCUGAGGUGGACACGGUAUUCGAGGCGUAUCAGGCUCAGGCUGGGAGUGGGGCGUUGGCGUUCAGAAGGUGGCCGCUGAGAAAUCACAAGCGUAUGUAUGAGGCGGGAAAUGUCUCUACAUUCAUGCUCACGAUGCGCAGUGCGAGGAGCCCUCCUUACGAACUACUUCUCGCAAAACUGCAAGUAUGCCCCAGCCGAUUACUAGAUAUAACUGAUGCGCCUCUAGCCGGGGAACGAUACCACUACGUCGGUGCAACAGACCACACAGUGCCGUUCGCCCAAACUGCGCCCUGCGUCAUCCACGCCCGUGACCUCAUCCAGCGUCGAUGUUGUGAGGCUCUUGGCCACCAGGACUUUGUCUUCAACGAGGUGCUGAGCGCGGGGUACAUGGAGCGGCAGAAGAUGGCAUUCCACAGCGAUAGCGAAAAAGGGCUCGGGCCGAACGUCGCGGGGUUGUCGAUGGGCGCGCCGGCGGUGAUGCACUUUCAGCCCACGCUCAGGUAUGCGGAGCACCUCAAGACGCUUGAUGGCCCGGGCGCUAAGACAAAGACGAAGGGGGUCCGCACGUGUCUCUCCGUUGUGCUGAAGCACGGCGAUGUGUGUCUAAUGGAGGGGACUGGGGUUCAGGACUUUUACCAACAUACGGUCGUCCCGUCAAACUUCCGGAUUGCAGCGACGGCGAGGUGGAUUGAGCCCAGCCACGAGAUCGCUGGUGGGGCUAGUCGCGUCGUUGGCGCCGAGGCAAAGAUUCCAACCCGCGGUCUCGCGCUCGGUGGAGCUGAGGGGGAUAUGGGCCUGCUUAGAGCGUUAGAAUUCUUCAGUGUCUCUCAACUGUGUGGUAUCAGCUCGCCUAAUGGGAAUUGUGCACGCUUCGUCUCUGUGCUCGAACAGCAAUCCCUCGGUCGCAUCUGGUACUGGCUCGCUCUUGCUUUCCCCUCCUUCUGCAUCGACUGCACAAUGCCUUCUAUUGAUCUCCCUUCGAAUACUUCCAGCCGCUCUUUCGCUGCACAAACGGCUUCACCGGCACCCCAUCGCCCGAAGUGCCCUCUACCUCAAAAGCUGGGGACUGCCACGCCCGACGUUUUCUCAUAUCGCGCUCCUCGUGACCACUUCGAACAUGCCCCCAUCCCCUCGAGGCUUUUCUCGCCCUAUACAGAACAUCUUGGCCUAUCAACGGUAGCAUCUCGCUCAAUCCGGGCACUGCCGCAAUGGCCGUCUCGACUGUUUCCAUCCAGGAGGCCUACCCCCAACGCGCCUUCUACCGAGCAAGACGGCUACAGAAUCCCCUUUCAACGUUGUAUUCCAACUGAAUCCGACGCGGAACUCAAGUGCUACUCAUUCGGACCGAUCAAGUCUGCGCCAAGCACCGGUCGCGUUGGCUCCGUCGCUCAAGACACCCAUCAAGCGUCCCCGCCCAACGUACUACCGGAAACUCUGAAUGCUGCUCGCUUUCUAUCUCAAAGGCAUCCACCGCUACGCUGCAACGCGAAGCCCUUCGCUCGAGACACUGUUCCGAACCCACCCUUUGCUGCAGUCGCGCCUGCGGGUGACACCGUGCGUUCGAGUCGAAAGAGACCCAAGCUUCUGAAUCGCGUAAAGCAGGCUAUUGGAUCUGUCCUAAGGCUUCCCGCUAAUGGCGGCUCGCAUUCAAGACCAUUCAAGUCCCCGAAAGAGCUCUCCGUCAACAGAUUGCUUCCUUCCUCAACAUCCUCGUCUGCAUCCGCAGUGCCGAAUUCCCUCUUUUCACGCCUAGAUGGCAUACUUGUGCAGCGCACCGUGCAGAACGACUCCCCUCCUACGAUCGCAGCAGCAAAGUCUUCCGGCUGCGCAAAAGCUGGCAUCGUCGCAGCACGAGAGUCUGAUGGGUUACCCUGCUCACCACAGGUAGCUCAAGGUCGAUCCCCGCUGCUUGCGCGCUAUCCUUCAAUCGGGCAAGACCGAGUCUUCUCCUGCUCCCCUCUGACACCAAGUCCGCGAGAGAGAUCCGCGCUUGAGACGAGGCUGAAGGCACUUGACCGGACUGUCGAUCUGGCCGCACUCGAAGUGGAGAACUUGGGCGUCUUGCCCGUUGCUUGUAGGGACGUUCUCGGUCGGACCCUCGCUGUGCAGGAACGCUUCUUAUAUCGAAAACGAGGCGAGGUGUAUUGGUCGUUCGGGGUCGUGUAUGAACUGUGGAAACAGCUACCGGAUGACGUGCUGAGUAAGUGCGCAUUGACGCGCCUUCGAAGCCGCUUUGUGCAGGACAGCAUUUUGUCUGCAUUGUGGGACAGGAUUGGGAAUACCAGUCAUCUCGGAAUGACUAGAAGCACAGCGCUGCUUAUCGCUGUUGGAGUUACCGCCAACAGCUCACCAAAGGACUCCUUGUCUUGGAUCAAAACACUCAUCCAGCCUAUUCUCGACAUUCUUGUUUUCCACGCCGAAAUGUCAAUUGUUUGCUUACCCUCUGUUCCUACUCCAACUGCAAAGUCGGAUAUACUCGCCGAGCAACAGGGAGAGCGUCGUGUGCUGGAAGUUGUCUACGAGGCUACUCAGUGUGCCUCACCUUUGAAGAGACGAUCCUCAUUCACGCACGGGGGAGUAUCCACAUCGCUCGCACCACCCAACGCUCAAAGACGAAGGAUCAGCGAUUCCGCAUUCCUGGGGCGACCCUCGAUCAGCACCACAGGGCAACUCACGUUGACGCAGGAGAUUCGACUUGGGAUUCUCUGCCAGACCAUGGACGCGAGCCUUCACAUGAAGUUUGGUCAACUAUCCCGACAGUUUUGGAUGGAUAUCAUCAAAUCGCCGGAGAUCCGGGGCCCACUGGAGACGUUGGGCGAUGCUGCUAUCCGGGCCGUGCUGUUCGAUCUGCUUGUCGAGGAAGCCAACACUGCCAAGAUCAAACAGGUAGACGAGUUGAUCAAGGUCAAAGCACAUAAUGCUCUUGGGCCGCUGCUUGAGAACAACACUUUCCAGCACAUCAUGAUCGAAAAAGGAUUCUACGAGCAUUCCGGAGAUCACAAGUUCUACGGAAAUGCACUCGAGAUUAUGGGGGGUUCCAUAUACGUACACGGCGGGGCCAUUGCUUUCCGGCAAUGGAUUCAUGCUGUUUUCCCGUGUCUAGUGAGAGCUGCAAUCAAAGCCUUCAAUAGCUUUCACCGGGAACCCACGCAGGACGAGCUCAAGCGCCGGACAGAUAGGCGUGCGCGAAUGCAUCCUCGUGCAAGUGAGUUUGACCCCGAUGUCGUGGAAACACCGAAGGCAAAACGACAACGGGUUGGCGGACGUGCUAUCGAGAUACAACAGCCACAGAAGAGGAGGAGGAAUGGAGCCGUUUCCGGUCGCUCGAAGAAACGGGCGGCGCAGCCCGUCGUCGCUGUCGAGAACGAAGGAUCGCUUGCUGCUGGCCGAACGCGAUCUGCGAAAGGCCGGUUUGAAGGUGUUCAGGCCCACCAGGUGUCCUCACCCUCGGCAUCGAUCAGGAUUCCUCGAGCGCCGAAGCCGUUGGCCAGCUUGAAUGGUGUCCCGUCGGGGCUAUUCACGUUUAGGAUGCCACCGUGAAGCACCGAGUGGGGUAAAAACAACUACAUGUACUAGCACAUCUUGUGAAUACAAAGCUAUGCAUCCUGAGGCCCACCUGGAUCCGCGUUUUGCUUUAAG